AUGCGGCAUGACUUCUGGUGGUUUCUGUGUUUCCUUCAAUGGUUGCAAGUGAACGGUGAUACUGGAUGUGACAAGAUUUACACCGAGAACGAUUCUUCAGGAUCCGGAAAGUUUGAAUGUCAUACUAAUGGAUGUCGCAUAAAGAUCGACGCAAGCCCAGUCAAACCAAUUUACCUCAAUCUUUACAAACACAACGAGAGACUCAAUAUCUAUGUUACAUCUGUUGCCAGAAACCAGACCGUGCUGUUGAAAAAGUAA